AUGGAUCCAAAUGACUCUGACGGGGAUUUCUACAAUUGGUAUGAGUCAGAGGAUGAUUGUCUGGAUUCUGACACUCAAAGUCUUCCUGAUUCUCCAACACUAAGUCCUCCUAUUGCUCUAACUCAAAGUCCUGCUGAUUCUCCAACACAAGAUCCUACUGAUGUUCCAACUCAAGGUCCUACUGGCUCCAACACAGGGGCUACUAAUGCUCCAACACUAGGGGCUACUAAUGCUCCAACACUAGGGGCUACUGAUGCUCCAACACAAGGUCCUACUGAUUCUCCAACACAAGGUCCUCAGAAUGUCACACAAGGUCCUUCUAUUCCUCAGACACAAAGUCCAACUGAUGUUCCAAGACAAAUUUGUCGGGGAACACAGAGGAAGACCAACCUACCUUGCCAAAACGUCUUAAAUUAG